UAACAAGAAACACAAUUUCUUGACCAAAAGAAAAAAAGAAACGGUUUGUGUUACUAUUAUGGCGAUAGUUGUAGGCUUACUUGAAAUCUUCAUAGCAUUUGUUUUCUUUAUUUUGUUCCAAUGUGUAUUGCUCCACAAGAAAACUCCCAAGCCUUUGCUCACGAACUGGCCGGUCCUUGGUAUGCUUCCGGGUCUACUCCUUCAAGUCCAUAUCUUAGUGGAAUGGACAUCUUGCUCACUGUUGAUCCGGUGAAUAUCCACUACAUUCUAAGCUCAAAUUUCGCUAAUUACCCUAAAGGUAUGGAGUUUAAGAAGAUCUUUGAAGUCGUGGGUGAUUCCAUUUUCAACGUUGACUCGGGUUUGUGGGAGGAUAUGAGGAACUCAUCUCAUGCCAUUUUUAGCCAUCAAGAUUCCCAAAGGUUUUGGGUGAGUACAAGUGUAAACAAAUUAAGGCAAGGGCUUGUUCCUAUUCUUGAGAACGCUGCUGAUAAAAAUAUCCUUGUCGACUUCCAAGAUUUGUUCCAGAGAUUCUUGUUUGAUACAUCUUUGAUUUUGAUGACCGGGCAUGUUAAGCCGGUUUUCUUGUGGAGGCUCCAAUAUUGGAUUGGUGUAGGAGUCGAGAAAAGAUUGAAACUGUCUAGCGCGGCAAGAGACACAACAAGUUCAGUUCUCACUUGGUUCUUCUGGCUUCUGUCCAAGAACCCUGAAGCAAUGAACAAGAUUCGGCAAGAGGUUAACAAGAAGAUGCCGAGGUUUGAUCCCGCGGAUUUAGACAAGCUCGUGUAUCUACACAGUGCCGUGUGUGAGACGCUAAGGUUAUACCCACCAGUUCCAUUUAACCACAAGUCACCGGCAAAGCCAGACAUGCUUCCAAGAUUUCAGACCAGAGAGAUGGAUUUCAUACAGUGGAAGAUGAAGACAGUGGCUGCGGAAAUCAUACGAAACUAUAAAAUCAAGGUCGUUGAUGGGCACAAAACCGAACCUAUUCCUUCUGUUCUUUUUCGCAUGCAACAUGGUCUCAAAGUUAAUAUCACUAAGAUCUAGUGAUAGUUUCAUUUUUAUUUUGCUGUUAAAGAUUUCAAUAAAAGAUGCAUGUUCACUCAUGCUUAGACUUAUUUUGCAAACACGUCUUUGUAUCAGUCAUUUGCAAACAGCAGCUCGUAUUUCAUAAUUAUAUCAUGGUUUCACAAUAACAUGUGCUCACAUUUUGUGGUCUUAAGAAAUCUGAUGUUAUGUU